GUGAAGUCGCACUAUGGUCGUAUAUUUAUUGUACCAGGCCAGGGAUAUUGUUGUGUGAGUUCUGCUAGUUCUCUGAAGUUGUCCGAGCGAGAAAAAAACCCAAGCUUUUUGCUAGUGUGCUAGGGCUUCUGAUGGCGGCGGCGGUAUCGCCGUCCAGGACGCCGGACGUGACUAUGAAGCCCCCAGAUCCUUUAGGAGGUAUCCGGCGACCGGUGAAGGUCUCCUCGUCCCCGAAUAGCAAGCGGGACAAGGAAACUGUCCAACCAAAAAAGAAAGUCUGUGGCCUUCACCUGGAUGCUGAGGACGGCGAGAAGUUUAAUAUGACAGGGGAGGAGACGGUGCGGGAAGCUGAGCUGGAUUGAUGCGUACACGUUUUUUGUGGGCAUCUAGGCCAUUAGCUGUUUUUCUAUUAUUAUUGUUAUUUUGUUUAUUCGGAUAUUUUAUGGUUAUUAUUUCUUGUUAAGGAAGUUAUUGUUUAGGAGUUGGUCUAGGAUUAGUUUACCUU